GUGCAUGUUUGACACACAUCUUGGAUCGAGUUUUUCAAACUCGAAAACGAUUUUAGAAUUUGUAUCAAGAAAUUGGAUUUUGCUAAGGCCGUGGGCACUUGAGCUUUCAAUUCUAAAUGGUUUUUGAGUUUAAAAACUGGAUCCAAGAUGGAUCGGAAACAGGCCCGGCCGAAUUUGGUACCUUUCUCAAAAGCGUUUUUCAUUUUGAGAAACGGACUGGAAAUGUUUUCCGCGGUUGAAAACACGUAACGCAUUUUCAGAAACAGCCGUUUCCGUUUCGAAGAAUUUUCAGAAACCGUUUUUUCUGCUUCUGAUCGACGCGAGCCAUCUGCUAGCUGCUCCCUCAGCUCUCAGCUAGUUCUCUCUCAUCUGUCUUCUCCUCUGCUACCUGGGUCAUCCUCCUCCAAGGAUGAGCUCAAACCAAGAUGAAGAUGUCGCCAGUUGGCCAGUGACGGUCGAGAAACAUUUUAUUCACUUGUUGCAUGAAGAGAGAAAAAAAAGGCUGAAAGGCUCAACUGUGGAUAAGAAUGCAUGGGAUGCAAUAGAAGAUGAGUUUUUUAUCAAAUUUGGCAAACGAUACACACGUGAAAAAUUGAAGGCAAAGUACAAUCGCUUGCGCAAGAUAUACCGUGAGUUUGCAAAGCUUGUGGCUCAUACGGGGAUGUGUUGGGACCCUGAGACUGACAAGGUACAUGCAUCUGAAGAAGUUUGGGAGUCCUACCUUAAGAAAAACAAGUUUGCUAGUCGCUUUCGUAGAAAGGGAUGCCCGGAGUAUCAAGUGCUCAGAGAGAUCUUCAACCACAUACCUUCUACUGGACAAAUGCAUUCUGGAUCCACUGCAUCUCCUCCAAACUCUGAUGUCGAGAGAGGCUUAGAGUCCGAGUUUCCCAGCUCCGGGGCACGCACUAGCCCUGAUACUGAAGGCGGCAUAGAUACUAAAAAUAAAGGAGACGAAGGUACUAGCAAGACCCAAAAGCGCCGUCCUUUAAGUCCCCCAGGUUAUUGCCGCACAAGAAAGGAAUCAAAGACAUCGAAGGCGGCCAAGCUAGGUGAUGGAGUGGAUGUAUGCGCAGCAUCUCCAGAUGCCGAGACUGAAUCUUCGUUACCAAAGGUUGAAUGCAGAAAGAAGAACGAUUUUUCAUCCUCUUUUAGAGAAUUGGCCUCGAUUGAAGAUUGUAUGGAAAUACUCGAGGCUAUGGAGGAUUUGGAUGACGCCGCCUAUGUUAGAGCUUGUGAGAGGUUUACGAGUUCGGAUUGGAGGAGGAUGUUCAUGAAGAUGUCUGAUGCAAGGAAAAGAAUGUGGCUGUAUAGCCUAAAGUAAGUUUUUGGUAAUGAUAUAGAUUUUUCUUUAGGACAAGUGCUAUAAGAAGUGCUAAUUUUUAUACUUUCCACUUUUGUUUUAACUUUAUGAGUGGCAAUUUCUCUCUUC